AUGCAAGAAAACAGAGAUAAUGUUAUUACACUCGAAUCUUAUGAAGAAUAUAUAAAAAAAAAAAUUACUCCCACUGAUUUAUUUUAUAUUGAAGAUGAAGAGCUGCUAUUUGAAAUAUUUACAUUAGGUUUAAAAAGUAGAGGAAUAUUAAGUAAAGAAGAUUUCAAUAGCACUUAUAAAAAAAAAAAAAAAAAUGAAAAAAUAACUGUAAAAGAAGAAAAUAAAGAAAAUAUAAUAUGGGAUAUUAAUAUAUUAUAUAAUAGUACAAAUGAUUUUUUUUAUAUAAUAAAUUAUCACAUACAUUUUUGUAAAGAAAAUAGAAUUAGUACGAUUUUGUUUAUUCGUUAUCUUAACAAAAGUAAAUCUGAAAUUAGUUCUUACAUAGAUAUUAAUAAUAACAAAGUAAUAGAAAAAAUAAAAAAUAAAAAAUAUAUAUAUGCUAGUAAAAAAGAUUUAUCUUAUUAUAAUUGGAAAAACAACUAUAUUUCCACAAAUAGUAAUGAAAAUUAUGAAAUAAUUAUAAAUAAAAAAAUUGGUUUAAUUUUUAAACAUAAAAAUUCUGAAAAAUAUUUUAUGUUAAAUUCAAGUAAAGAUUUAAAAAUAAAAUUAUGUGAUAACAUAUAUAAAGAUAAUAUAAACACAUAUUUUGGUGAAAAUGAAGAAAUAAUAAAAUUAUGUGAUGAUAUUAAAAAAACUGAAAUAAAAGAUUCCAAUUAUUUACAAUGUUUACUCUACACACUUCCCUUAUAG